AUGGGCUGUCAGCAAUCAACAAGCAAAAGUUUGGAAGUGGAUUAUUCAAAAGAAGAUUGGUUUGCUUUCUUAGUACGCACUCAAAACAUGGGAGCUAAUGGAUUUAAAAAAGUCAAAAGUGAACCGCUUCUUAAUAAUUUAAAUUAUUUAAAUAACGAUGAUGUACUGACAAUCAGAGAAAAGCAACUGGUUAGAGAGUCAUGGACACUUCUGUCAAUCAAACUCAAGUCUUUGGGUAAACAGGUUUUCCUGAGAAUAUUUGAAUUAAGACCAUCAACGAAAAAUUUAUUUCCAUUUAAGACCGUAUGGGGUGACAAGUUAAUAAAGCAUCCAUUAUUUCUAACCCACUCAAAAAGAUUCGUCAAAGUGAUUGGAUGUGUAGUCGAUCGAUUGGAUUACCUGCAAGAAGAAUGUGCUCAACCACUAAUUGAACUUGGUAAGAAGCACGUUAGUAUAGAAGGAUUCCUGCCUGAUUAUUACGACGUAUAUAUUAGGGCCAUCAUUAGCAUAUGGAAACAAGAACUAAAAGAUGUUUACACUAACGAAUUAUCUGAAGCUUGGCAUAAAGUGCUGGUGUACAUAGUGAGCAAGCUGAAAGAGGGAUAUGAAACCGAAUGGAAAGUGGCAACAUACUUCAAUCCACAAUAA